AAGGUUCGUAAAGAUAACAGAACCUUUACCUUUUCUCUGGGGGGGAAAAAAAGAAGAAAAGAAAACGCACUUACACACUGACUGUGUGUCGGAAUCCGGCCAUCGAAGUUAAUAAACAGAGUUCUAAAGCUCUGGAAGAAACGGUUAUGGAAAUUUCAAAGCAAAACAAGGAAGAAGAAAUUUGUAAGGAAAAAAUCGAAAAGGAUGAAAAUCAGACGGAAUUGAGUAGUAAUAAUAGCUGUAAUGGUACAGUUGAGAACGCUUUAAUCGGAAGGGGAGGAGAAUCACAAGCUUCUCAAUCUGGUACCAUUUCUUCUUCGGUGCCGCUAGUGGAGAGUGAUUUGCAGGCCGAUUUUAGUGCCUCAUCUCACCUUCUCUCGGAGAUUCCGAUCAAAUACUCCCUGCAACCUCUACACUCGGUGGAAGAUUUGAAAGAUCAAUUAAGUUUGGUCCCUGAGGAACCUUUGAUAGGUAUUACUAGUCAAUCUGCCCAAGUACAGGCACAGAGUCCAAGACAGGAUCCUGGUGGUUCGGCCAAGUUGGAGGUGUCACCAACUUCUAUUACGCAGUCCAUUUCAUCCAUCCUAAGUCCAACUUUACCAGAACAAAAACUCUCACAAGUAGGGAAUGGAAGCAAUCCAUGUAUUGCGGAACAGGACAAGCAGAAUCAUUUGGACCCAAAACCUUUGUCUUCUGUGCCUAUGCUGAAGACACCUUCUGAUGGGUACAACUGGAGGAAGUAUGGUCAGAAGCAAGUAAAGAGUCCUGAAGGUUCUCGGAGCUAUUACAGAUGCACUUUCUCUGACUGUAAUGCUAAGAAGAUUGAGUGCUGCAAUCAUUCUAACCAUGUCAUAGAGACUGUUUAUAGAAGUCACCACAAUCACGAUCCUCCUCAAAAAGUAAACUGCAUUAUGGAAAAACCUGCACUAUCAGUUGUGCCAGCUAAUGGGAGUAACAAUAUAGCUUUAGCAGGUGGUGGUGUUAGUGAUGUUCUGUCUUCUUCCAAAGAACCUUUGCUAGAAAAGAUUCAGGUACCUGAAACAAAACAACAGGACUCAAGUGACUCUGAUGAGACCAUGGAAGUUAAUGGUAGUGAGGAGCACGUUGACAAACCUGAACUUAAGAAACGGUUGAAGAAAAAUCCCGCAGAUGAUUCAGGAUCUUUUUCCAAACCAGGAAAGAAACCUAAAUUCAUUGUUCAUGCAGCUGGUGAUGUUGGGAUAUCAGGAGAUGGCUAUAGGUGGCGCAAGUAUGGACAAAAGAUGGUGAAGGGGAACCCUCACCCAAGGAACUAUUAUAAGUGUACAUCAGCGGGAUGUCCUGUUAGAAAGCAUAUUGAGAGGGCUGUCGAUAACACAAUUGCUGUAAUAAUAACCUAUAAGGGAGAGCAUGACCAUGACAUGCCAGUACCAAGAAAACGUCAUGGCCCAACGAGCAGUCCUCUUGUUACUGCUGUUUCUCGGGCAUCCGUGCACAAUCUGCACAUUAACAAAACCGAGCCACAUCUGAGCCAAACUACCCAAUGGUCAGUGGACAAAGAAGGUGAAUUGACAGGUGAGGCAUUGAAUCUGGGUGGGGACAACACAGUGAAAUUAGCUCCAGCCCUUUUAAGUAUCGGAUUUGAGAUCAAGCCUUGCUGAAAUCUGGGUUGGUUUGCACAACUGGAAGAGUCCAAUUAACAGCGCACAUUCCUAAUGGAAGUUUAAGGUAGCUUAAUUACCUCAUUUGACUUGUUCUCUUCUCCUUUUCGUUGUAUGUUAAAUGUUGCUUUAGUUUAGUCUAUGAAUGAGAUGUUUAUUUCUGUAUUAUUCAGAUUCAUGAGUAAUUUGGAAUAGAUUAGUUAUUAGUGUGUAAAAGUGGGCGUUGGGCUCUGUAACAUUGAGUUUUGGUGUUCCGUAUAACUCUGUGCAUAUUAGGCAUUUUAUUGGUCUGAAGUAUUGGCUUGUUUCCUUGCUUCCUUUAACA